CUAAUUUUCAAAACUUGCCGGAGAAAAAUAUACUGAAAGGAUCCACCUAGCCUACUUACUGGUCAGGAUGUGUAAAGUAAUCUCAAGUACAAUUUUAGUACUGUUCAAUAUACCACUUGUGCUUGUGGGUUUAGGAUUAGUUGUUUUCGGUGCGUUAAUAAGAUGGAAUGAAAAACUUAUUGUUGAAAGAAUUACUCCUGCAAUUAUUGAAGAGAUCGAUGAUGCGAACGCACGUGAAGCUGCUCAACAGAUGGUGGAAGAAAAAAUAACUCUAUUUGCUGCUUACGGUUUAGCGAUAUUCCUGUUUGGUUUAUUCAUCUGUCUGUUAUCACUAUGUGGAAUAUGCGGAGUAUGCUGUAAAAGCAAAAUCCUACUUGGUACUUAUGCAGCAUUCCUUCUGAUUAUCUUUUUGGCUUUACUGGUGUUCACCAUUGUAUUCGGAACACGUAAAAAUUGGUUCCGUGAUGAACUGGGGAUAAGUUAUCGCAGAUCAAUUAUCACUGAUUAUCAAAUGGAUAAUAAUUCUCCACCGAAGAGCGGUUUCACUGUAUUCGUGAAUGAAAUUCAACAAAAGCACAAAUGCUGCGGUUCUUUUGACUAUCGUGACUUCCAAGAUAACGAAUCAUUCAAAAGACAGAAUUAUAAAAUUCCAGCAUCAUGUUGCAAAGAUAUGAACAACAAAGAGUGCUGGGAACGUCCAACCUCACAGAAUAGUUAUAGAGACACCGGUUGUUUCGAGUUUCUGUGGUCAGCUGCACAACCGAGCUUCCAGAUUAUUCUGUUCUCACUCAUCGGUCUGUUAAUAAUGACGUUUGUCUUCGCAGUUAUCGCCAUCUAUCUGCUAACACGAUAUUCAAGGGAGAAAAUCCAAUUACUGUAAGCAUAUUAUUACAAAUAAACUCUUCUCUUUACCCAUCCAAUUAUAAUACCUAUUCAUCUGAAUUUUGCAAAUUAUACCCUAUACACGUAGAAGUGGACGUUUAAAAUAUCAGUUUGAAUAUAAAUAAACAUAACAAGUAUAUGAUUUUUAUUAUAUGAUCAUCAUCACUAUUGUGAGUAGCAUUAUUAUUAUUAUUAUUACCAUUAUUUUGGCCAAGAAACAAACUCCUGUGACCGAGCAAUCAACUAUAACAACAUAAAAAUGUCAACAAAGCAUCUCAUGAUUAAACAUCAAAAAAGCUUAAUUUCUUCACCACUAUGCUACCAUGUUUUCAUGCUUUCAUAUACGUACGCUGUCCUGUUUUUGUCUUUUACAAAUUGAGGCAAGGGGAGUCAGUCGUAUUAUCUUGAAAGCCUGAAAAUAGAAAAAUACAACAGAAUGGAAUAUAUAUAUUUAUAUAUAUAUGAAUCCUACUGACUCAUAGUAUCACCGCAAGUAGUCUGACGUGGCCAAAUGGAUAGCUUUCUCAAUUUACUUUAUAUUAUUCCAUACUUACUUACCUAUUAUAUUCACCAAUUAAACGCUCAUCCUGCAGGAUGAAACAGGAUAUAUAUAUUUAUCUAUGACUAUUCGUAUUUUGUACCAACCUAACGCCUUUACCUGAGCUUAUCUGCUUGACACUUUUCUUAUGUUCUAUGAUGUUUGUUUAUUUUUCUUUUCUAAUGCAUACGCGCUUAUAUCAUUCAUAUUGGCUUUUAAUACUUACUAUGUCAUGAUCUUUAUUUGCUUAAUUUGUGCAUAAUGAGUAUUGAAUAUCAUUAAAAACAAAUACAAAAUAAAAUUUCCCUAUUCAUU